UUGGCUGUUGCCGCUUCUCGCCAUUGGUCACUUUCUCAAAUGGAUGUCAAAAAUGCCUUCCUUAAUGGCGAUCUCAGUGAAGAAGUCUAUAUGCAGCCACCUCCUGGCCUCUCUUCUCCUCCGAACAAGGUCUGUCGUCUUCGCCGGGCUCUCUAUGGUCUAAAGCAAGCUCCACGGGCAUGGUUUGCUAAGUUUAGCGCCACUGUCUCUGGUCUUGGCUACUCCAUCAGCUCGUAUGACUCUGCCUUGUUUAUUCGUCGCACAGAUCGAGGCAUCAUUCUUCUGUUGUUAUAUGUUGAUGAUAUGAUUAUCACUGGCGAUGAUUCUCUUGGUAUUCUGAAGCUCAAACAGUUUCUCAGUCAGCAUUUUGAGAUGAAGGAUCUUGGCACUCUCAGCUAUUUUCUUGGUCUUGAGAUUUCUUCUUCUUCUGAUGGUCUAUAUUUGACACAGGCCAAGUAUAUAUCUGAUCUGCUUUCACGGGCCAAUCUCACAGACUGUAAGAUCGUCGACACACCGACUGAGCUCAAUAUCCGCCUCAAUCUACAGGAUGGCGAGCCUCUCCGUGAUCCCUCUCUCUAUCGGCAUUUGGUUGGUAGCCUUGUUUAUCUUACUGUUACUAGACCUGAUAUCUCAUAUGCUGUACAUCAGGUGAGUCAGUUUAUGGCUGCUUCCCGUUCUACUCAUUUCUCUGCUGUCCUUCGCAUCCUUCGCUACCUCAAGGGGACUUUAUUUCAUGGGCUCCACUUCUCCUCUCUGUCUCCUCUUGAGUUGUAUGCUUAUACUAAUGCUGAUUGGGCAGGUGAUCCUACAGAUCGUCGCUCUACCACUGGUUAUUGUUUUCUACUUGGCACUUCUCUUAUUUCUUGGCGUAGUAAGAAGCAGUCUGUUGUUGCUCGCUCUAGCACUGAGGCAGAAUAUCGUGCUUUAGCUGACACCACCUCGGAGCUCCUUUGGUUGCGAUGGCUAUUGCAGGAUAUGGGUGUCACUUUUUCUUCUGCUACUCCUGUCUACUGUGAUAAUAGAAGUGCUAUUCAGAUUGCCCAUAAUGAUGUCUUUCAUGAACGGACCAAACAUAUUGAGAUUGAUUGUCACUUUGUCCGUCAUCACCUUCUUCAGGGCUCUCUACAACUUCAUUCUGUCACGUCUCAUGAUCAGUUCGCGGACCUCUUCACAAAGUCUCAUCCUCCAGGGCGGUUCCGCGAUCUUGUGUCCAACCUCAAGAUGGUCUCUUGCACUCCACCUUGAGUUUGAGGGGGGGUGUUAGAUUAUAU